AUGGAUCAUUUACCGCUCUUAAAGGACUCCGACUUUCCGCCGUUGGAAGUUGAAUACUUGGGACGCAAUGAGCAAAGCGUCCUGCACUAUGACAACCACGGCUUCACGGACUUCCCGACCAGAGCAGGCUGGAACAAACAGGACCUGUUUGAUGGGCCUCGGAUAAGCCAGCCGUCUAGAACUGUCGCAGCUUUUAUACAGCAAUGGCUUUACUUUGGCCUCCUAUCCGCAUUCUUGAACCACGGUUACUCCAUGCACACAUUGCUCGAAGCUUUUACUCGCCUCUCUGGCACUUCUGACCAAUGGAUCAUCACCACUCACCGAAUCGAGCAAUAA